GUUAACCCCGAAGCGGAAGUGAACACGUGGGGUUGAGGCACGGCACCACAUCGCAUGUUUGGAGGCCACGAGUCUGUUUCAGGUGUUUCACAGGUAAAUCAUCCACCUCUUCCUCCGUCUUCAUCAUGGCUGUGAGAGCCGCCUUUGAGAAAAACAACGAGAUCGGCUGCUUCGCCAAACUGACCAACACGUACUGCCUGGUGGCCAUCGGCGGCUCCGAGAACUUCUACAGUGUGUUUGAAGGGGAGCUGUCAGAAACCAUCCCAGUGGUUCACGCUUCCAUAGCAGGCUGUCGCAUCAUCGGGAGGAUGUGUGUGGGAAAUCGUCACGGCCUCCUGGUUCCCAACAACACGACAGACCAGGAGCUGCAGCACAUCAGAAACUGCCUCCCAGACACCGUGAGGAUCCAGAGAGUCGAGGAGAGGCUGUCCGCGCUUGGUAACGUCAUCGCCUGCAAUGACUACGUCGCGCUGGUCCAUCCCGACCUUGACAGGGUGAGACAAUCAAACGCGCCCCAUCCCUCGGCUGUUCUGAGGGUUACAUCGUUUUGUUUGGCUGGAAUAAUUCACGUUUUACUUAAAUUAGUGAAGUAA